AUGGCAUCAACUAAAAGAAAUAAAAAAAUAAUAAUAACAAAUGAAGAUGACGAUAUUGACAAUGAAAUAAAUAAUAAAAAUAAAUCAGAUGAAUAUAAAGAAUAUUAUAAAUUAAAAGAAAGAAUCGAAAAAUUAGCCAAAAUAAAUAACGUUAAUCUCGAAACCUAUGUGCCACCAUCAAAAUUAAAAAUAAAAAUUUUAGAUGAUUUAAUAAUCAAAUAUAAAACAAUAGGUGAAAGACCAAAAAUACCAUCAGUACCAGCUUCAACAUCAGCUUCAAUAUCAACACAGACACCAACACCAACACCAUCAACACCAGAUAAUAGCAAUAAAAAUGUAACAAUAGAUAUUAAUAAUAAUAAUAAAACUAAAAAAGAAGAUAAUGAAGAUGUUUAUAAGACUCCAAUUAAUAAAAAAGAUGAUGACCAUAGUGAUAGCGAGAGUGAAAAUGAAGAAAAAGAAAUAUAUAAAACACCAAUCAAUAAAAAAGGCAAACGUCUAUCUAGUCAUUUGAAAUCCCUAAAGAGACUAAGUUCUAGUAAUCAAAUUUUAGACUAUCUUUCAAACUCAACACUUUCAGGUGAACAGGUAAUUAAUAAAACUCCAGAACCACAGAAAAAAAUAUCAGCUAAUGAAACUCUCAAUAGAAUUUUAGAAGAAGAUGAUGAAGAUGUCGAAUUGAUUAUUUUAAACUCAUCUAAAAAGAAAAACAGAAUGAAUAAUAAAUAUUUUUCAAAUCUUGAAGAAGAGGAGGAAGAGCAGGAAAAACAAACAGUAAAUUUAGCAGAUAAAUUUGUAGAGAAACAAGUGAAUGAUACACCAACUAAAGAAGAGAAAAUAGAAACACCAAAAAAGAAAGAAGAAAAAGAAGAAAAAGAAAAAGAAAAUAAAGUUUUAGAACUUCUAUCAAAAACAACAAUUACCCCAAAAACUGAAAAAAAACUAUCAAAAGAAUCAAAUGAACAACCAAAAACAACCUCAAACACAUCAACUACACCAAAAACUUCAAUAUUAACACCAUCAUCAACAACUUCAACAUCUCUAUCAAAAACAUCAACGACAUCAGCAUCGGCACCAACCCCAUCAGCAUCAAAAGUAACGAAUCCUAUCAACACCACAUCAACAAAUAAACCUUCAUCACCAACAAAACCAAAUGCAAAUACCACCACUACUACGACUACAACAACAACAACAACAACAACAACAACAAAUAAAUCUACAGAAAUCUCUUCUUCAACCUCUCCAACAACAUUAAAAAAAGGUGACUCAAAUAUGAAAACAUUAAUCAAAGAGUUUAGAUUAACAAGCUUAGGUGUAAACACUGAUAACAACAAUAAUAAUAAUGAAACAAUCAUUAAAGACCCAUCAUCAUCAGAAUUUAUUAACUUUAGCCAAGCAAAAUCAUUCUAUCCAAUUGAACCAAAUAAUGAUAAAUAUAACGAAUCAAUGCUAUGCUCACCAUUAAAUUUAGAAACUGCACAUUUACCUGGGGUUAAAGAAUUCUUUGAAAGAGAUAAAAAGAUUCAUGCAAUUAGUUAUUUUAAGCGAUAUAACCGUACUAUAUUUCAAAAUAGAUUCUCAGAUGAUAUGUUGCAAUGGAGCGAUGAACACCUUUCAACACCAGGCAAAACAACCAUCACCAAAAAGAAUGACUCAAAUUUUGCAAAGAUUACCCUAUCGACCAAUCUUGUAAACUCUAUCGAAACCUUAGCCAAUGUUUUAUGCCAUGAAAUGUGUCAUGCUGCAACAUGGGUAUUUGAUAACUCUAAAAAAGCACAUGGAGCCGAAUUCAAAUUUUGGGUUAGAAUUGCACAAUCACAAUAUCCAGAGCUAUCAAUUGAUAUGUGCGAUAACUUUAAAUCAACAUUUGCCUAUCAUUUCAAAUGUCAAUCUAAGACCUGUGACGUUAGUUUUGGAAGAAGCACCCCUCCAGAAGAAAAGCUAUAUUGUGGUAAAUGUAAAUCUCCAAUUGUACCAGUAGAAAAAGUUGAAACAGAAUCUAGAUUCGAUAAAUUCUUUAAAGACCUAUUACCAGAAACUCAAAAAAAACACCCAAAUUUAAGUUUAGAUGAAAUUAAAUCAAUUAUUCAACUAAAAUGGAGAAACUAUCAAGUCGAACAAGAAAAAUUAAAGAAAAAAGAAAAAUUAUUUAUACCCCAAAACGAUUCAUUAAAUAAUAACAAUAAUAAUAAUAACACAGAUAAUAACAAUAAUAGCAAUAAUAAUAAGACUAGUAUUUUAACUCCUUCAAAAAUUAAUAUAGGCUCAGCUGCCAAACCAAAAGCAGCAUCUGCCAAAACCACUAAAUCAAAAAUGAUUCCAAUUCCUAUCGAAGAUUUACCACCAAUUCCAUCAUCUUCAACUUCAAAAAAGCCAACUUCUAAAAAAUAA